AUGGGUUCUAAUGAUCUCAUCCAACUCUCUUGCAAGAAGGCUUCACAAGGAGAUCCAAAUUUGAGCUACAAGUUUUGUGUUUCAAGCCUUGAGGCCAACGCCAAAGGACAUAGCUUAGACCUUCAAGAACUAGUCGUCAUCUCACUCAACCUCACCGUAGCCAAUGCCACAAACAUCAACUCCACCAUUUCAAAGCUUUUGAAGGACAAAGCAUUUGACAAAUUUGCAAAGGAAUGCUUGCGAGGCUGCUCCGAGCUCUACACCGACGCCAUUCCUACCCUACAAGAAGCUCUUUGUGCUUUUCAGUCCAAGGAUUUUGCUAAGGCCAAUAUAGAAGUGAGUUCUGCAAUGGAUGCUUCUUCUACAUGUGAAGAUGGCUUCAAGGAGAAGAAAGGUGAAGUGUCUCCAUUGAGAAAGGAGAAUGAUGUUUUCUUUCAACUGAACGCCAUUUCUCUUGCUUUUAUCAACACUUUGGCUUCAAUAUAG